AAUGGCGAGCAAUAUAAACUCUGAUGAUUUUGAAGAUUCUAUAUUGCCAUCUCAAUUAAAAGGCGCGUUAGUUUCAAGAUUGUUACAUCAAAAAGCCCCCCUCUUAAGAAUUUACUCAAAAAGGAGUCAUUCAAGAGCCAAUGUUAUCGCAAAAAUUUGGUACAUUAAGGACAUUUUAAGUUGGACAAGAGAAAAGGUAGGAACAUAUCAUUCCUCAGAUCUCAGCAAACUCGAAAAUUGGUUAGAGAAAAUGGAAGAAAGUAUUAAAGACGGAAGAUAUGUUCCUAGAGAGGAGGACAGAGAUGACGGUUGGCUCCAAACAGUGAAGUUGGUAAAGAAACCUUUUAAGUCGGAAUUUUGGAUGAAAGAAACAGAAUUCAAAUCAAAAGAAAUUCACACUUCGGAGCAAAGAUCUUUAGUAGAGGAAUUUCCUCCUUUAGCAGACUACGAAGAUGCAAAUUCGAUAAAUUCCGAGUUACCAAAUUCAGAAGUCAGGAGAAAAAGAAAUGACUUCAAAUUAGACCUUUCAGAUAGCGACUCCGAAUCUAUAAAAUCGUUAUUGAGAGAGCAAAGAAUUCAAUCCUCCAGCAGAAAUGAAAAUCUUAUCUACUUAAAGGAACUGGAAUCCGAAAUGAUCUGGAAAGAAAAAGUUCCAAAGGAUAAAUCAGAGGAAAUAGAACAAGUCACAGAGUUGUUGGACAAAAAUCUUUAUGGUUUGGAAGAAAGGCUAGACUUGCUGGAAGGAAAAAUUAAAUUGAUUGCGAAAGGAAAUCUAAAGUUCAAAGGAAACCCUGUAGAGUAUACAGUAUUCAGAUGUCGGAUAGCAACAUUCUCAGAGAAAUUCCCAAAUGUCGAUAGUUAUGUCAAAUUUGAAGCUUUGAUGUCACGUUUAGACGAAUCAGUAAGGACCCUAAUACAAGAAUAUGCUUCCCACCCAAGUGGAAGCUUUGAAUCAGCUUUAGAAAGAUUAGAUCGUCACUUUAAUAGAAUAGACAAAUAUGAGGAGAUGGUCAACAGAAUCCACGGCUAUGGGAAACUGGAUAUAGGUGCUGGUGACACCUUAGUAAAACUUGCAGAAUAUAUGCGGAGUGUAAUAAAAUUGUUAGGCGCAGAACAAGUCCGACCAAUUGGCAGUGGGAAACUUUACAGAUUCUCUAAAGGAACUGUGGGUUAA